AUACAAAGUGAAAAAAUCACAUUCCUUGUAAGCAAGAAAAGUAUAUUCACAAAUCACUACAUAUAUGUAUAUAUAUGUAUAUGAAAACCAAUUUUGUUCAUUAAAUUUAUCAUUUAUUAUUUAUUAUCUAUUUAAAUUUUCCAACAUUCAUUAAUAUAUCACUAUUAACUUUUGCCAUUUUUAAAUCAUUCUUCACAAAAAAUAUAUAUGCCUUAGUUAUUGUUUAUGCCGUGCUGUGACGCUACGUUAGCUAAAAAUCACGACGAGUAAUGGUAUUAUUUUAUCAUUCUAAUUAAAACCUAAAUUAUUUUCUUAAUCAUUGUGAAUGUAUCAAUAUUAAUAUGGCAUCGGCUGAUCUUGAAUGGAAUAAAUACGUAGACGAACAAGAGAAACUAUCAGCAAAGGUGUCCAAUCUAAAUAUAGAUAAAGAACCUAAAGAAAAUACAGAAAAUACAGAUUCCAAAGAUGAUGAUGAUUCGGAUGAGCAAAUCUCAGCCGCAGAAAAAUCAUUAUUCCAAAAAAUUAUACGUAAAGGUUUGGUAGAAACAACACAAGAUAUAGAAGUUCAAAGAAAGGAUCCAUCUUCACCUUUAUAUAGCGUUAAAUCUUUUGAAGCUCUUCAUCUUAAACCUGCUUUAUUAAAAGGAGUAUAUGCAAUGGGAUUUAAUGCUCCAUCAAAAAUUCAAGAAACUGCAUUACCUACUUUACUUGCUGAUCCACCACAAAAUAUGAUUGCUCAGUCACAAUCUGGGACAGGUAAAACAGCAGCAUUUGUAUUAGCAAUGCUAAGCAGAGUUGAUACUACCAAAAAUUAUCCUCAAGUGCUUUGCUUAUCACCAACUUAUGAAUUAGCCAUACAAACAGGAGAAGUAGCAGCGAAAAUGUCUGCAUUCUGUAAUGAAAUAAAAAUAAAAUAUGCUGUAAGAGGAGAAGAAUUAAGUCGUGGAUCAAAGAUUACAGAACACAUAAUCAUUGGAACACCAGGAAAAGUUUUAGAUUGGGCUGUUAAAUUUAAGUUCUUUAAUUUAAAUAAAAUAUCAGUUUUUGUUUUAGAUGAAGCAGAUGUAAUGAUAGCAACACAAGGUCAUCAAGACCAGUGUAUUCGUAUUCAUAAACAGCUUCCACGCACAUGUCAAAUGAUGUUUUUCUCUGCAACUUAUGAGCCAGAAGUGAUGAAAUUUGCAGAAAUUAUAGUUAAUAAUCCUUUAAUAAUAAGGUUACUGAAAAAAGAGGAAAGUUUAGAUAAUAUUAAACAAUAUUAUGUGAAAUGCAAGGAUCUGGAUGAAAAAUAUGCAGCUAUUACCAACAUAUAUGGUGUAAUAACAAUAGGACAGGCAAUUAUCUUUUGUCAUACUAGAAAAACAGCUGGUUGGUUAGCCGAAAAAAUGACAAAAGAUGGUCAUGCAGUAGCUGUUUUAUCUGGGGAACUGACGGUUGAACAGAGAAUUUCAGUUUUGGAUCGUUUUAGAGCUGGUCUUGAAAAAGUUCUUAUCACAACUAAUGUUUUAGCCAGAGGUAUUGACGUUGAACAAGUAACAAUAGUUGUCAAUUUUGAUCUACCAGUGGAUCAAAAUCGACAAGCAGAUUGUGAAACAUAUUUGCAUAGAAUUGGACGUGCUGGACGUUUUGGUAAAUCUGGAAUUGCUAUUAAUCUAAUAGAUUCGUCUCAUGCAAUGCAAAUAUGUAAGGAUAUAGAAGAACAUUUUGGAAGAAAAAUACAUUACCUUGAUGCAGAAGAUGCAGAUGAAAUAGAAAAAAUAGGAGCCUAGAUUAAUAUGUAAGAAAUACAAUUAUGCUUUUUAUCAAAUACGCAUAGAUAUAUUGUAAUACCUCCUAAAAGAAUAGACAUUUGUAUUCUCAACAUGAAUUCUUUGUAUUUCUUUUCCAAUAGCACAUAUUACCAACAAAUAUUAUAUGUUUACCUUUUUUUACAAUGAUUGUAUAGUAUUCUUUAAUAUCGAGUUAAAAUAUGGCGAUUGGAUCAGGAAUAUACACAGAGUUUAAACAAUAUAAAAAUAAAACAAUAUUUUUAUAUGUUAUACAAUAACUAUUUGGAGCAGGGAAAUAUCAUGUCCUUAUCUUUGUACUGCAUGUAACUUAGCUAAAAUUAAGUUUGAGUUUUUAUACAAAAGAAAAACUAUUCAUUCCUUCCAUAUUUAAAUUUUAAUUUGACCACAUAUGAUCUACUAAUCGAUUUUUGGUUAUAUGUAUUACGGCAAUGUUACAACGAUAUCGUGAUCACAUUAUCACGAUUUGUAUAAGUACAAAUAAUAUAAGCUAAAAUCAGUUAAUCAUUGGUUAAUAAUUAUAAAUUAUUAGUUAUUUAUCAUAACUGAUAUUGAAACAAAUAAAUUGUGAAUGUUGUAUGGAGGCUUUACCGACAUAUUUUACACAUUAUGAGAACUUUCUUAUAAAUGAAACAUAAAAUAAAAAUAUUUUAACACAAUUCCUUCGACAAUGGUAUAGAUAUAGAUGUUAAAAGUACGUAAAAUGUACAAUUUUCCAUGUAAUAGUGUGGCAAAGUAAUUAAACAAAAUGGUCAUUAUUGUAAUACAAUUCGUCUCAAAUUCAUUUAUAAGUACAUCCAUACGUGACGUAAUAUUAAAAUACGGUGUGCUUUAAUGCAUUUGGACGAAACUGUAUGAAACAUUCAAUCAUUUUUUAUUGUAACAGAAUUUCUAUAUUAUUUACAUUUUAUUUUUUCAAUGUAAACAUUUUUUUUCUAUAGAACGCAUUAAUUCUUUAAAUUUGUUAAUGGAAGUAUAAUAAAAGUUUCUCAAUA